AUGUCCAGUGAGGCACCCUCCUCCGGCCCCAGGUCGCGGGCCCCGGACGGGUCCCACUUCCCCGGGCCACCCAUGGCGAUGGACCAAUCUUCCAUGGCCCCGGGCGAGGCGCCCCCCGCCGGCUUCCCUCCUCCGCAGGCCCACGGCGCCAUGCCCCCCUCGGCGCACCACGUCAUGCACCACUCGACACACCAUGGGCCGCCGCAGGGCGUCUCCGCGGCAGCCGCCGCCGCCGCCGCCGCCCACAUGGUCGGCCAGGGCUACCUGGGCGCGCCGAUGGCGUCCGGCGCCAUGGUCGGCACCCUGGCCGGCACCAGCCCCGGGCAGCUUCCCCCCCCGGAGCAGCUAUCCUUCCAGCAGCUGUCGCUGCUGCAGUCGCAGCUCGGCCUCGCCGCCCUGACUGCCAGCUACGGAUCCUACGCCGGGAUGAUGCCGCCCACCGCCGCCCUGGCGGCCACCUCCCUGCUGAUGGGGUCGCCCUUUUCCUCGGUCGGCAUGUCCACCCCCUCGCCGCAUGGGUUCCUGGCCGCCGGGGCCCCGGGCGGCCCCGGUAGCCCGGUGCCCGGCAUGUCCGCCCCCGGCACCGUGCUCUCCCCGGAGGCGGCCAUGGUGGCCGGCGCGCAGUUUUUCCCGAUCGCCGCGCUUCAGCCCCAUACGUCCAUGAUGGGUAGUGCCCUCCCGAUCAACACGAACCCCUCUCCGACCGUGUCUUCGCCUCCCCUGGCCACCCUCUCGCGCCGGCCCUCAACCGCUCCAAUCCCCCCACGGCCUGGUGUCCUGGCCGCGUCGCAGCUCGGCUCGACGCCGACCGAGCCACUUGGCUUCAGUGCCGAGGCCAAUCCCGAUGGCUCGCCCCUCGGCGACCCGCCCGGCCGCGGCGCCGGCCGCGCCACCACCAGCACCCGCCGCAUCGCCUCCACCACGAACGGCUUUUACAAGGGCCCAUGGCUGCCUGAUCAUGCCUGGACCCUGGAGGACGAUGCCAAGCUGCACAAGCUCCACGCCACAUAUGGCAACCGCUGGGCCACCAUCGCCAAGCACUUCCCCGGCCGCACGGACAACGCCGUCAAGAACCGGUGGAACUCCAGCAUGCGCCGGCAGCGCCCGCGUCUGGGCCUGGCCGCGCGCACCGGCGACACCGGCGGCGCCGACGACACCCCGACCAGCGCGGCCAGCACCCCGGGCCCCUCGGACUCGGCAUCCGAGCCGACGACCGGCACCUCCAGCCCGGCGGCCACCACCCCGGCGGCCACCGCCGCUGUCACCACCGCCACAGGCAGCACGGGCCCCACCAAGGGCCGGCGCCGGGCCACGGCCCGGACCCGCGUCUCCAGCAUCACCCCGCCCCAGGGUGAUGCCGAGCAUGCGGCCGAGCAUGCCCGGCCGGCGGCCCCCUCGCGGCGCCAGCAGGCCACGUCGGCCUCGGCGGCCGCGGCCGCCGCCGCGGCCGCAGCCUCCCCCGGCGAUGAGGGCUCCGACGAUCGCAAUGGCUCCGACGACGGCGAUGAUGAUGAUGACGAUGGCGACGAUGGUGACAUGGCUCUCGGUCCCAGUGGACGGGCCAGCCACCUGGCGCAGGAGGCCCCGGCUUCGCCGACCCGCCGGCGUGCAUCCGCCCCUUCGGAUGCCGGGGACCUCGAUGGCCCUCACGGGGGGGGGGCCUCCUACAUCGCCGAGGCCCCGUCGACUCCGCAGUCGGCCAAGCGCACGCGUCGCGGCCCCGGGGCCCCGGCCACCAAUCUGGGCGACGUGUCCCCCCGGUCGCCCUCGACUCCCCGGACCCCGGGCGCGGCCCAAUUGUGGGACGCCACCGAGGACUUCUUCACCGAGCACAAGGACAUCCUCACGCCGUCCAAGCGCUCGCGCGUGCUCUUCCCGGUGGCGGACAAGCAUGCCGGUGGCCGUCCUGGCGGCGGGCCGGCCGACCCGGCGGCUGCCGAGCCGCUUGCCCCCCCGGAGCAGCCGGCCGCCGGCUCGAUGCAGCGGGCGCGGUCCCGGACCGGCGGCCGUGCCACCGUGGGCAUGGGCUCCGCGUCGGCCGAGCAGCAGGGCGAGUCCCUUGUCGGUGGCCAGCCAGCCGGGCCGACCGCCAGCCGGGCCGGCGGUGCCGGCAGCGCCGGCCUGUCCAGCUUCGACCAGCGCACACAUCGCCUUCUCCAGCCAUCGCGCUCGGGCAGUGGGGUGACAUCCUCCACCGGUGACCCGGCCGGCGAUGACCCCUUCGGGCAUCUUGCCGCGGCGGCGGUCGUCACGCGUGGCCCCCCCCCGGUGGAUGGUGGCGUUGCCCCGGCCACGGUGUAUCCCGGGCCGUCGGCUGCGCAUGCGGCGGCGGCCGCGGCGGCGGCCACCGCCCGCGCGGCCACCGCUUCCGCCUCCACCUGGGGGAAUGAGCCCACCGCCGGCGGUGGCGGCCCUGCUGGCAGCCAGGACCCCGGCUUCCAGGCUGGCGCCCACCAUGGGCGACAUGGCGGGGCAGCGGCCGCCGACGCGCCGGCGGCCACGGCGCGCUCGCCGCCCGUCGGCCUGGCCGGCGGCUCGCCGCUGACCCUCUCCUCGGCCCUGCUGAGUCCGCUGCAGCAUCUGCACAAUCCCCCGCACCAUCCCUCGCACCCGGCCCAGUGCAACCUCUCGCUGCUGGGCAUGGACCAGCGGUCGCUCGUCAGCGGGGGGCACUUCCUCUCGGGACGCAUGUUUGCCACCUCCUAUCUGGACCAUGACUUCCUUUCGCCGGCGUCCCUGUCGUCGCUGUACGAUUCGGAGACCAUCAGCCGGUCCGGCGAGGAGAAUGCCCUUUUGGGUGGCACCGGCGGGGCCGACGGGCCCCGGCGCCCUGCCGGCGCCCGCAUGCCGGCCCCCAAUGCCGUGGCCUUCCUGCCAGAUGCGGCCGGCCCCGGGGGCGGGUCCUCGGGCGGUGUGUCCUCGGCCGCGGGUGGCGUCGGGGCCUCGACCAAUGCCUCCUCGGCUCUUGGCCUGGGCCAGCCGCACCCGCUGCUUGGGACCCCGCUGCCCACCAAGCUCGAGCAGCAGCACCUGCAUGCUGGCAGCCUGACCCCCAGUGUGCCGAUCUCCUCGACCGGGGCCAACCUGACGCCCCUGCUGACGCAUACGCCGAAUGCCGCGGGGCAUUUGCACCUCGGGCCCAUGGCCUCGCCUACUCUGUCCAUCAGCUCCCCGCUGCCGGGCGGCGGGCUCGGGGCCCCGCUGGCCGCCUCCGGCACCGGGGGCAUCCUUGGCGCCGGCGCCGGCAUCCACACCCUGGACUUCUACCGCAGUGCCUUGACUUCCUCGCCGAUGUUCCUCGCUCGGACCCCGCUGCUCAUGGGCCCGAGCGUCGCCUCGCCCGCCGCCGUGGCCGAUGGCGGUCUGGAUGGCCGGCGUGGGUCCGGGGCUUCGGCCAGUGCGGCGGCGGCGGCGGCGGCGGCGGCAGCAGCUGCCGUGGCCGCGGCCGCGUCUUUGGCCGCCGCGGCUGCUUCCAGUUCCUCCGGCGCCCGGGCACAGGACUCGAUGUCCGAUGGGUUGCCGAUGCCGCCGCUGACGCCGGUGCCAUCGGUGGCCAAGGGGGGCCAUGCGCUGCCGGCUGGUGGGACUGAUGCCACCAGCAGCAUGAUGAUGAACACCCCGGGCGAUGGAAACAUCGUGUCGCCGGGCGUGGCCGGUGCUGCUGGCCUGGACUUUUUCGACUUCGCCGGGACAAUGGCCUCGUCCGAGGCCGGGGCCAGCACCCCGAAGCCGGCCAUCGCCGCCGGGGAGGAGCCCAUCUCGGCGCCCGAGGACCAGGCUGUCACGCCGAAGGCCGGUGUACCGCUCUCCUCGAGCUCCUCCGGGUCUGCUUCGCUGUCCUCGGGGCCGGGAUCCCUGGAGGACCUGGCGCUCACCCCUCGGUCGUCUUCUUCCGGCCAGCCGACGCGGGUGGACCUGUCCCCCUCCUCGCCGGGGGCUGGCCAGCAGCAGCAGCAGCAGCAGCAGCAGCAGCAGCAGCAGCACCGUUCGGACAGCGGCGUCGGGUCACUGUCGUCCACCAUGACCCAGCUGCAUGGGUCCUUCCUGUCGCGCCCGAGCCGGGGCUCUUCGGCCACGGCCGGCGCCGACGCGACGACCCCCAGGGCCGGCGCCGCCACCACCAUCCUCGAGGCCACCAGUCUGCUGAUGGCCGGUGAGGCUGUCAACGAGGCGGACGUCAGUGCCAGCAUCCGGCUGCUGCUGGGCACCGGGGAGCCGGUGUCUCGGCCGCAUGCGGGCUCGUUGGCCGCGGCCGACCGCACCUCGGCCAAUGCCGAUACCGAUGCCGACACCCCCGGUGUCGAUGGCGAUGGCGCCGGCGACACCGGCCAUCUUGGCGAGUUGGGCUUUUCCACGCCGACGGCCGGCCGGCCGGAUCGUCAGGCGGCCGCCGCCCUGGCCGGGGCGACCCCCGGGUCGCCGGGUCCCGGCCCUUCGCAUUGGCCUGGGCUGAUGGUGUCGCCCGGGCCGGCCGGUGCCUCGGCGGCCGCCACCGCGGCGGGCGACUCCUUUUCGGCCCUGCAUCUGCUGGGCUACCACCCGGGCGGCCUGUCUUUCUCAAGCUCCCCGCUGGCCGGCGAGCCACCGGGGCUGGUCCUGUCGCCGGGCGGCGGCGGACGUCCGGGGACCGGGCUCGGCCGGGGUGCCGGCAUUUUCGAUCACCACCGGGAUUUCGCCAGCGGAAGUGGCCUGCCAGCCGCCGGGAUUGCCGGCACCGGGCCCGGCAUGAACGGCGGCGGGGAGGGGUCCUCCGACAAGCUGGAGCUUCCCCAAUCGUCGCCCUUCCCCGCGCUCGGGGGCGGGCUGGACUUCUUCCGGCACCAGGCCACCCCGGACCCGGCGGCCUUCUCCGGCGGGGACCCAUCCGUCGCCACGGGCCCCGCCGCCAGCCGGUCCCCGGCUCGGGGUGGGCUCUUUGCGCCGACCGGCGCCGAGCAGCCCCUGGCCAGCCUGGUGUCGCCGAUUUCCCGCGGCGGUCCCCGUCCGCUGCUGUUGGCCACGGGUGCCGCCGGUGCCGGGGUCGAGGUGUCUCCGCCCGAGUCGCGGUCUCUCGACCUGUUGGCGGCCACCAGCGACGUCGAUGAUGAGGACGGGGCCAGCGGCAUCGGGAGCAGCGGCCCCUCGGCCACCGCCAUCACGACCCCCUGUCAGCAGCAGGUCCGCCGGCGACCGCCGAGUGCCAGUGCCAAGCUCCUGGCCCUGGCCGGGGACCCGAGCAUGGCCGCGGCCGAGGAAUCUGCCGCCGGCGAAUUGCCCUACUUCGAUCAAUUGUACCUGACCCCGGGAGCCGCCGCCAGCAAUGGCGGCGGUGCCUCUCUGGCCGCCCCCCCCUCGGCAGCGCAGUUGUUGUUGGUGGAUUCGUUGGCUGGCGAUGGCAUCCCCCCCCCCGCGGCCGGGUCAUCCUCUCGCCUGGCGGCACGCGCCGGUCGGCGGCCGUCCACCGCCACCACCUCGCGCGCGAUGCCGGCCGAGCACGCGCCCCCCGGCACCGAGCAGCCGGCCGGCACCACCAGCAUGGCCGACCUCGCCGAUGUCAAGGACCUCUUCGAUGAGGGGGACCUCUCCGCCCAGGCGGCCUUUCUAGAUGGUGAUGGUGGCUUCGGCCCCGGCGGCAGUCGGCCGUCCACCGGCGGCGAGGCCGCUAGAGCCCUUUCCGGGCCGGCCUGAGGCCACAUCCGCCUUCCUUCCUUCCUUCCUUCCGCGCCCCCUCCUCUCCCCUUUUCUCCCUUCCUUUUUCUACUGUGCUCACCCAUGUGUAUCGUGUUUGUGAAUAUACGUGCAUAUAUGUGCGGCGUGCCGAUCGACUGCACAUCAUCUAC